GCGCUCGCUCACUCGCUCGUUCAGCGGCAGGGAGGGCGCCUCUGCAGAACCCCGCCGCCUCUGCCCUCCCCGGUUCCCUGUGCCUCCCAGCCGGGGCUGCGCGCGAGGUGACUGCCGGCGUGUGUGAGGCGGCGCCGGGCCCCGUUGAGGGGAGCCCCGGCCCGCGCGGCACCCGCCCGCCGCCGCCGCGCUGCCCUGCCCGCACCCCGGCUCCCGCCUCGCCGCCCCCUCCGGCCGGUUGCUGUGAGGAGAGGGGGGAAGGAGAGGCCGGAGGGGGAGCUCCGCCGCUUUUCCCCCCCCGGGCUUCCCCGUCCCUUCCUCCCCUAGCUCUUCCUCCCCCUUCCCGGUCCCUCGGCCCAGCCGCCGCAGUACGAUGUGGUCCUCGCCGCUGCGGCUGGGCGCGGGUCGGCUGCUGCGGCUGCUGUCGCUGCUGUCGAGGCUGCGGCUCGGCCGGUCGCUGCGAGGGAACUGAAGGCAGCGAGCGGCGCUCCCGCGCGCGGGGGUGCGGUGCUGCGCGGUGCGGUGCUGCGCGCGCGCGUACCCCAGCGCGUGCCCGAGCGUCUGCGGCGCGUGCCCGUGCGCGCGCGGGGGGUCGCGGGGCGGCAGCGGCGAGCGCAGCCCCCGCGCCUCUUCCCUCCGCCGUCCCCGCUCCAUCUGGAAGGACGUGGCUGUUAUAUGAAGACCCUGUGUGGACAGUAAUGACCGCACGUUUCCGAUUGCCUGCUGGCAGAACCUACAAUGUACGAGCAUCUGAGCUGGCACGAGACAGGCAGCAUACGGAGGUGGUCUGCAACAUUCUUCUCCUGGAUAACACUGUACAAGCUUUCAGAGUUAAUAAACAUGAUCAGGGUCAAGUUCUGUUGGAUGUAGUCUUCAAGCAUCUUGAUUUGACAGAGAGAGAUUACUUUGGUUUACAGUUGGCUGAUGAAUCUACUGAUAACCCACGGUGGUUGGAUCCAAACAAACCUAUCAGGAAACAAUUAAAAAGAGGAUCACCUCACAGUUUGAACUUCAGAGUUAAGUUUUUUGUAAGUGACCCCAACAAGCUCCAAGAAGAAUAUACAAGGUACCAGUAUUUUUUGCAAAUUAAGCAGGACAUUCUUACUGGAAGAUUGCCCUGUCCUUAUAAUACUGCUGCUCUUCUGGCUUCCUAUGCUGUUCAAUCCGAGCUGGGAGACUACAACCAUUCAGAAAACUUGCCAGGCUACCUCUCAGACUAUUCUUUCAUCCCUAGCCAGCCUCAAGACUUUGAAAAAGAAAUAGCAAAAUUACAUCAGCAGCACAUAGGGUUGUCUCCUGCAGAAGCAGAGUUCAAUUAUCUCAAUUCAGCACGUACCUUAGAACUUUAUGGAGUUGAAUUGCACUAUGCAAGGAAUCUCUCCUCUCUGUGUUCUGAGAUUGCAAUUUCCUUUCAGGAUCAGAGUAACAAUGAAAUAAUGAUUGGAGUGAUGUCAGGUGGAAUACUAAUUUUUAAGAACAGAGUACGAAUUAACACCUUUCAGUGGUUGAAGAUUGUAAAAAUUUCUUUUAAGUGCAAACAGUUUUUUAUUCAACUUAGGAAAGAAUUGCAUGAAUCUAGAGAAACGUUACUGGGAUUCAAUAUGGUGAAUUACCGAGCAUGUAAGAAUCUGUGGAAAGCUUGUGUUGAACAUCACACGUUCUUCCGUUUGGACAGACCGCUUCCCCCUCAGAAGAACUUUUUUGCACAUUAUUUCACUUUGGGUUCCAAAUUCCGGUACUGUGGGAGAACAGAGGUCCAGUCUGUGCAGUAUGGUAAAGAAAGAGCAAACAAAGAUAGGGUAUUUGCAAGAUCCCCCAGUAAACCCUUGGCACGGAAAUUAAUGAGUGGGAUGGACUGGGAAGCAGUGAGUAGGAACUCACUGUCUGAUGAUAGGUUGGAAACCCAGAGCCUACCAUCACGAUCUCCACCUGGAACCCCAAAUCAUCGCAACUCCGCCUUCACUCAAGAAGGAGCCCGGUUACGACCCUCAUCAGUUGGACAUUUAGUGGACCAUGUAGUUCACACUUCCCCAAGUGAAGUAUUUGUAAACCACAGAUCUCCAUCUUCCACCCAGGCCAAUAGCAUCAUACUGGAAUCAUCACCAUCUCAAGAGACUCCUAUAGAUGGGCAGCCUCCUGCGUUACCACCCAAACAAUUUAAAAAGAACAGUUGGAACCAAAUUCAUCAUUCACACUCACAGCAAGAACUGGAUAACCAUAUUAAUGAAACAUUUGACGUUCCUGCAUCACCUGAAAAAUCCACACCCAAUGGUGGUGUCCCCCAUGACAAUCUUGUUAUGAUCAGAAUGAAACCAGAUGAAAAUGGAAGGUUUGGCUUCAAUGUAAAGGGUGGGUACGAUCAGAAGAUGCCAGUAAUAGUGUCCAGGGUAGCUCCAGGAACACCUGCUGAUCUCUGUGUCCCUCGUUUGAAUGAAGGGGACCAGGUUGUACUGAUUAACGGCAGGGAUAUAGCAGAACAUACCCAUGAUCAAGUUGUUAUGUUUAUUAAAGCUAGCUGUGAGAGACACUCAGGGGAACUUGUGCUCCUAGUUCGACCCAAUGCUGUCUAUGAUGUUGUGGAAGAGAAGCUGGAGAGCGAGCCUGACUUCCAGUACAUCCCUGAGAAAUCUCCACUUGAUGGUGUCCAUCAAGAUGAUAAUGCUCUGAGGGAAUCCAUGAUUCAGCUGGCAGAGGGGCUUAUCACUGGAACUGUUUUGGCUCAGUUUGAUCAAUUAUAUAGGAAAAAGCCUGGAAUGACAAUGUCUUGUGCCAGAUUACCUCAAAACAUUUCCAAAAAUAGAUACAGAGACAUUUCGCCUUAUGAUGCUACACGGGUUAUUUUAAAAAGUAAUGAAGAUUACAUCAAUGCAAAUUAUAUAAAUAUGGAAAUCCCUUCUUCCACAAUAAUAAACCAGUACAUUGCUUGUCAAGGUCCAUUACCGAACACUUGUCCUGAUUUUUGGCAGAUGACUUGGGAACAAGGCUCAUCUAUGGUUGUAAUGUUAACAACUCAAGUUGAACGAGGCAGAGUUAAAUGCCAUCAAUACUGGCCAGAGCCAUCAGGAAGCUCAUCAUACGGGAAUUUCCAGAUUACCUGCCAUUCAGAAGAAGGAAAUCCUGCUUAUGUCUUCCGAGAAAUGACAUUGACAAAUCUGGAGAAAGAGGAAAGCCGCCAACUAACCCAAAUCCAGUAUAUAGCAUGGCCUGAUCAUGGGGUGCCUGAUGAUUCCAGCGAUUUCCUAGAUUUUGUGUGUCUUGUGCGGAAGAAGAGGGCUGGCAGAGAAGAACCUGUUGUUGUUCAUUGCAGUGCUGGGAUUGGACGGACAGGAGUUCUUAUCACUAUGGAGACAGCUAUGUGUCUCAUUGAGUGCAAUCAGCCUGUUUAUCCGUUAGAUAUUGUAAGAACCAUGAGAGAUCAAAGAGCCAUGAUGAUCCAAACACCUAGUCAAUACAGAUUUGUAUGUGAAGCUAUUUUGAAGGUGUAUGAAGAAGGAUUUAUUAAACCUUUACAAGCAUCACUGCAUAAGUAAAGAGCAAAAAACCUAGGAUAUCAGUUGAGGAAUCCUGUCCUCUAUAAUGAACUGGCAGCAUUCUUUGUGCCGUAAUACUGCUUGCAGGAAAUGAUAGUGAAGUACAGCAAAGAAUUGACAAAGGACUUUGAAAACUUCAGCACUGUUGCACUUUACGUUGAAACAAAAUCAGUCUCUGAAACUCUUCUAACCUUCAUCUGUUUGAAGACUUUCGUGCUUUGCUCCGAACAAACCAUAAACUGAAAGAACUAAUUGUGUUCAGGGUAAUCUACGAUAUUUCAUUGUAGUGCCAUAUACUGCGCUUCUGGUUGAAUUGCUACAAACAAGGCUUGGAAUUAUUUCACUCUGUUUUACACCCAUGUCUCUUAAAAUGAAAAACAAAUGAAAAAAUACACUAAGCCAUGGUCUUUUUCCAGCGCUAGGUUUAUUUACUAUGUACAGACUCUCACUGUUUUGUUUUUUACAACAUUAGCAAUAUUGCCGAUACUAGAUAGAUACACACUGCCUACUGAUGCAGCACACUUUGUCCGACACCCUUACUAGAGACCAGCUGGUUGUUAGAGGAAAGCUGGCGUCUGUGUUAACCCAGCAGUAGCUGCAUAAUGCCCACUUACCAGCAUCUUGUACAAAAUAACAAUAACAAUAAAAAUUAAAAAAAAAAGUUAAAUAAACAGCAUUUCUUUGACACAGCUUGUGUGUCAUACACUGGUGUAUUCUGAUUCAUGUGACUUAAGAUUACGUGAUGGGAACUAGUGCAUGCAUUAUGUCUUAACCCCUUAAGUGCCUUGAGACUUACAGCGUACAUCCAGUGAAAGGCACUCAUGAUUCUGUGGGGGUGGUAUUGUCCUGUCAUAUUUAUCUUAAUGGGUUCAGAUUUUUAAAACGGCCCUUGGUGCUUGGAAUGUGUUACCGCAAGGGGUCAUGGAAAUACCAUUCCCUCUUUCCUUAUACAAGUACCUGUGUGCUACUCUCGGUAGCAAAAGCACCUCUGCCAACUUAAUGAAUGAGCAUUGUAUGCUGCUGUGUUGUAAUUAUGUGAAAAAUCUGACACAUUCCUUCAUUCCUUCCAACUAGUAACUUACUAGCAGCUUACUAUGAAAUGCUGGUAGGUCAUUAGAAACUGAUACUUUGUUUUAUCCUUUUAUUGAGAAUAGCUGUCUUACUCCAUUUAGAACAUAACUCUUUAAUAGCACUGAUAAUUAAGUUGAACUUACAAUCAGAUGCGAUUUAAUGCCAUUAUCUGCUAACCAAUUACUUUAAGUUCUUAUAGUUGAUUUCAAGCCAUGUUCGUACAGGUUUGCCUUUUUUUUUUUUUUUAAAUUGUUUGGGUAGGGGGGAAGGGAGGAGAGCACUAUGAAGUUGUCCCAGAACUUUAUUUUAAUUCCAUGAUGACCCCAGUCACCUUCUGUUAUGCUUGUGAAAAAUUGUUCCAGUUGGUAUGGGUUGCUUCUUAUUUAAGUAGGUAGAAGAUUUUUAAGAAAUGUCUGUGAUACAGUAUCUGAGCUCAUUCUAAAGAUACAUAAUGUCCCAUUUUUUAAAUAUUUUUCCAGUAUAGGAGAAACAAGUCAGAAGCAAGGUGUCCAGUGUAAUAUACUGUAAGAAAAAAAUCAGUCACUUCUUUGACUGCCCUGUGACAACAUAACUUUGUGCCCUCUAUUUAAAAGUUUUAAUUUAUUGUAUUGGUUUCCUGAAAACGUUUAUCCAGUAAAUUUUGUUGUAAGCUAUAUAGAGCAUAGAAUUAAAAUGGAAAGUUCUACGCUAUAUAAUUUUUAACUAUUGAAGAAUUAUAUUAUAUAAUAUACUGUGUUCUAUGGACAUUUGAAAGAGAUCAGCUAUGAACUAUUGAGUGAAAAGGGAUUCAGGCAAAGUGAAAUCCUGGCUUAUGACAUAGUAAUAAACGUGAACCACAAUGCCAAAUGGAAGAGAGUUUUAAAUAUUUUUAGAAAACAAAAUAAUAUUAGGUGGCCUGUGGCCUUGUUCCUUAUAUUUCUAGAUUUGAUGCUUAAAUCAAUGUUAUCCCUCAGUGAAAAAUGAAUCUUACAAGAAUCUCUGGAUCUGAUCAACUGAAAAAGAGUAAUAAGGUAGCUUUAAUCUCAGUUUUAUUUUAAGCCAUUUGCAACAAAAGAAAAUUCUUCUUUAGGAAAGUAUAAGCUUUAACUUCCAUGUGAUGAGAUUAUUAGCUGAGAUACCAGCUAGUUGGAAGGAUAUUUUAAACUCAGCACUUAAUGUCUAAAAGCUAAAAUAAUUCAUCCGUUAUAUUGAAAUAAAUUUUCUUCAUAGUCAAGUUGUAAAUGAAAAUAGCAUUUGCCCUUUUUUUCUGAGGGAAAUCAGAAAUGGAGUUUAUAGCAACAUUAUAUAGCGUUGGUAUGUCACAUAUUUAAAUAUUGUUAUGUAAAGUUGCCAAAGCAGUUUGAGUUCAAAAGACCCAUUUAUACCACAAUUACGUGUGGGAUACUUAUUGGUCGUCUGUCAGUACUGUUUUGAUUACAAACACAGGCAAGAAUAAUAGGUCUCUUCAAAAUCUUCCUCUGCACUGACUUAAGCUGAUUUGUAGUGUAUUAACUGGUUGCACUGGGGGGGGAAA